UAUCCCCAACGUCCACUGUCGUUCAGACGGAGCUCAAGUUUGACCUCGUCAGAGUCGAACACCGCUGCCGACAGGACUCGAACCCAGGAUGCGCACGUGCCAGAUAUGUCUACGAGUUCUAUCGGCCUAUUUCAAUUUGCAAUUCCCCCUUUUGGCAUCACUCCUCAUUUUCCCGAGGCACGUGAGCCAGGAGACAGGUUUCUCGGUCGUCUUCAGGGACUGGCAGCAAUAAGUCUCUCUAAGCAGCCUAGCUACCUGUCGCCAAGCCCGGUUGUGGGCCGAUUCGGCCUAGUCACGAGCUAA